AAUCAGCCGCUGAAAUUCGUUUUGUAGUUCGUCGGUUUAGCAGUUUGGACUAUUUACCUGCCACAAACAUACACAAACAUCACCUCCCGCCUUGACAAAGACACCUAGCUAGAACUGAGUGAAUUUCCGAGGAAGACUUCGUGAGCUCGGUGUAGCGGAAGACGGCGGAAGGUGUAAGCAGAAGCGGGUAAAUGUAGUGGGAAACUCCACGGAAACCUGUACAGGUACAAAACGUUUGGAGUGAAGAGGUGUGCGUAUAGAGCGGAGAGCUCGGGUUUGCUUUUCCAAAUUGAGGAUAAGGCAAUUGAAGACACCAUCCAAGAAGGACUUUACGCUUAAUUUGUAUUGUGGAGCAGUUUUUCCAAAAGUAGGUCGGUGUUAAAAAGCCUGCCGUUUUAAUUUUGAGAGAUAGCGGGAAGGACAUCGGGAAUAGACCAUGCCACGAGCUUUUCUAGUGAAGAAAACGGGUAAUUCACUCGGCAAGAGAAACUGGAGCAAUCUACCGGAUCAUGAACGCGGUGACAUUUAUAUUCCAGUCUCCAUGUCGCCCAUUGCGCUUCGAGAGGAGACCGAAGCCAGUCCAGCAGAGGUGGCGCUGUGCCUGUCCACUCGCAAGGACCACAGCAUGUACACGUACAACCAGAUGUACACCAAUGACCCCGGUGCAGUGGUUCCUGCCGCUGAGCUCCCAUCAUGCACUGCUCUGGGCCAGAGUACAGAGACUGAGCACAUCCGAAGCACACACAACAAUACAUAUGUGCGCACUAAAAUAAAGGUCACCACAGGUGAGCUUCCCAAAGAGGUUCCACCUAUUGUUUCUAGUGUAACUACAAGUCCACCUGCUUCUAUAGUGACAUCUUGCUCCCCUCCUGCCGCUAAGUCGUCUUCAGUGCGGUUGAGUGGUGGUACUUAUGUUUGCCAGGUGUGUCAAAAAGUUUUCCAGUUCCAGCGCAUGCUAAACAGACACCUGAAAUGUCACAGCGAGCAGAAGAGACACCUGUGCGACUUUUGCGGAAAGGGCUUUAACGACACCUUCGAUCUCAAGAGGCACGUCCGCACACACACAGGUGUUCGUCCAUACAAGUGUAAUCUCUGCGAGAAGGCCUUCACUCAGCGCUGCUCUCUGGAGUCCCACAUGAAAAAGAUUCAUGGUGUCAUGCAGCAGUAUGCUUACAAGGAGCGCCGCAACAAGCUGUACGUCUGUGAAGAGUGCGGCCAUACAGCUUCUACCCAGGAUGCAUUGCUGCGCCACCUCCACACUGAACAUCCAAACAGUGUCCUCCUGCGGGCCAAGGGGGCACGAAGACUGUCACCAAUGGUGAACGCUACCAACGAUGACACCUCCCAACCUGGUUCCCCUCUCUCUCAUAAUAGCGAUGAUACUGUAGGGUCAGGAGGGAGCUAGAGAGAGGGAUGUUUCCUAAACAAUAUUUUUUAUAUAUAUAUAUAUAUAAAGGGAUGUGAUUAAUGUGCAUUCUGAUGAUUUCAUGUUUCAUUGUGUAUACAGACAAUAAGGGAAGAGGUCAUUUAAAAAGGGAAAGUAAAGUCAUGCAAAAUGCUGUUUUAAUGGCAGUACGCUGAGAAUCAGUUUACACUUUUGCUGCAGAAUCGGGCUGUACUUUUCCCUGUGAAACACACAAAAGCAGACGAUAACGUCUACAGCAUAAGUAUGCACUACUUCAGUUUACAUAAUAAUAUUAUUAUUAAAAUAGAUGAGAUGAAACACAACUCAGGAGAAAUACACAGAUGAACGUGACAUUAAAUAGUUCCAUUUGUACUGUGUGGGACAAUGAUUUUAUGUAGCAAUGUUCCAACACUAAAAUAAUACUGUUGUGAACUCUGUGACGACUGAUAGUUACAUAUCAGCAGUCUCUGAAUGUUUGAAAAAGGGAUUUUGAAAGGAAAUUAAUUUUGUGUUGUUGAUGUACUACUGUAUGUAAUAUAUACCUGCAUAAAUUUAUCAUAAAAAGAUUUAUAUUUAUCCUGGUGUAGUUUUUAUAUUUUCUUGGGUAUGUUUUUGCUAGAUUUUAUGCGUUUACUUUCACAUGUAACAACUUUUAAUACUUGUAAUACUUGUGUUUUUUGGGUUGCAUUAUU